AUGGAAAUACAUAUUUCAUAAUAACAUAAUGUUUUUAUUUAUUAAUUAUUUAGUGGGCUUGGAUAAUAUAAUUAUUAAGGUUAAAGAAUUUCAAAGUGGAUAGAGUUGAGUGAUAGAUUUUCAAAGUAAUGAUAAAGAUUAAUAUUUUAGUCGAAGUUAAAUUACAUAUAUUGGUGAAUAUUAAAAUGGUUAGAAGAUUGGUUUAUGGGAAAUUUGGUAUAAGGAUUAUGAUACCAAAAGAAAUAAAUAAAUGUAAGAAUUCAUCUAUUCUAUGUUAUAGUGGUGGUGGAUUAUAUGAUAAGAUAAAUUCAAUUAAGAUUGGGAGGUGGAUUGAAAACUCUAAUAAUUUUAGGGAUUGUUCAUAAGUUAUUUAUCAAGGUCAAUACAAAAAUGGUAAAAAGAUUGGUAGAUGGGAUAUUUUAUAUAGAAAUUAAUAGAGUGAAGCAUUUUAAUAGAUGUAAAAUUAUAUAGUUAAAAUAAAAACUAAAUUUAGUGGCGGGGGUUCAUAUGAUGAUUAGGUUUAAGGAGAUUAAAUUAAAAUAGGAAGUUGGAUUGAAAUAAGCGAAGAAUUUUAUAAAUGGUCAUAAGUCACUUAUUAAGGAGAAUAUAAAGAUGGUAAAAGAAUUGGUAAAUGGGAAAUUUGGUUUAAAGAUUGCCAUACAAAUUAGAAAAAACUAAUGUAUAGAUUAAUAUAUAAUUCAUGAUUAGUGGUGGUGGAUUCUAUGAUGAGAAAAGCUCAAUUAAAAUUGGGAAGUGGAUUGAAUAAAAUUUAAGGUUUUAUUAUAAUUCCUAAGUUACUUGGACUGGCUAAUAUAAAAAUGGCUAGAAAGUUGGUAGAUGGGAUAUUAUACAUGAAGAAUAACAGAUGUAAAUAUAUAUCCAAAUCUCAAAAUAUAGUGGAGGUGGUUUAUAUAAAGAAGAUGGAGAUAGCGAAAUCAAGAUCGGAAAUUGGAUAGAAUUAAGUAAUAGCUUUAGGGAUUGGUCAUAAGUCACAUACAAUGGUGAAUAUAAAGAAGAUAAAAAAGUUGGAAGAUGGGAUAUUUGGUAUAAAGAUUGGGAGACGAAGAAAAAUGAAUAAUUGUAAUAAAAAUUAACAUUUUUAGAGGGGGCGGACAUUAUGAUGAGAUAAGUUCUAUAAAAAAUGGAGUUUGGAUUGAAUUGAGUGAUAUUUUUGAUAGAUAUUCGUAAGUCAUUUAUGAUGGAGAAUAUUAAAAUGGCAAAAAAGUCGGUAUGUGGAUGGAAUUGGAAAAAAAGAGAUGGAAACUUUAAGAAGGUUUCAAAAAAAUAAAAGAUAUUAAUUAUGAUAAUUGA